GAUUUAUCAUCGAUUAUUCUCUGAUAAGUCCUAGAACUAAAUCAGCACAAUUAGUCAUAAAUUAUUUGAAAUCAAGAUGAAAACAUUGUUGGUUAUUACUGUGCUAUGUAUUUUUAUAAGGAAUGCAUAUGGACAAUCUGACAACUCGAGUUACCCGGCAUUGGACCCCAGUUGGUCUUAUUGUUACGAAUUCACAUGGUUUGGACCGGGUUAUGACAAUGUGACUAGAUACAAUGGUACUUGUUCGGAUUAUCUAGACGAUAGCAGGGCCACUGGCAUUCCCUGCGCAUCACCGAUUGUUAUUUCAUAUGAUGGCACUCCUCCUGAUAUGGACUAUUUGUGGAAAAAUCACAAAGCUAGUAUCCUUUGUAAACGAAGUAGAAAUCAAGUUUGUGUAAAAUAUACAUAUUACUUCAAUAACCAGGUGAACAAUGUGACGCACAUGUGCUCCAAGGUAAUAUCUUUGAAUUCUAAUUCCGCAUUGACAGAAGGAUGCUACAAACAAACUGUUGGCGGAUACGAGACAGAAGUAUGCAUUUGCACAUCGGGCCCAGGCAUUUAUAGACCCUGUAACGGAGCUUCUACAUAUAUAUUAUCUUUAAGCUUGUUGUUUUUCUAUACCUUGUAUCAUGUGUACCGAAAUAUAUAUUGAAAAAGUUAAGUAGGUG